AUGGGCCAAGCCUCAGGAGACAAUGGCGAUGGCGAAGACGAUGUAUAUGAUCCAGAUUCAAGUCAUGCACGGGGCGCAGCGGGAGGUCUACAAGAGGCCUCAGCUGGUCGGCCGCCGUUUUUGACAAUGGCCGUUGACAACUUCUAUCUGCAGCAAUAUCAACUUGGUGCAUAUAUUUUCCAAAUCCAGAGUCUGAAUGACUCGGCUGGAGGUCUGCUAGAGGCCUCAGCCAUGGCGGGGGGUCUACAAGAAGCCCCAGCCAUGUCAGCCCUGGAGGAGACCUUCUUCCCCUUGCUGGCAUCCGAAGCCUGGCGUUCAUUUGUUACCUCAAAGGACAAGGUGACCGCGCAACCGUUUGGCAUGAAAAUUGCUAGCCGCGCAAGCGUGGACAGCUAUCUUGAAGUGACCUUUACGAUGCCCAUCCUGCAAUCUCGGGAACGUGGUGUUUUCGAAGGCGACAUUCUGCUUGUCUCAGAGGCAGAGAAUCCUCUUGUAUUUAAAUCGGCCAUCCACGAGGCAGAGGGAAGAUCCGCAGGCGCAGUCGAGCACUCGGCGGGGGGUCUACAAGAGGCCCCAGCCAUGUCAGCCCGGCGCACAGAUUCUCCAGAAUCUGAGUGA